AGACUGUCCUGACCUAUAUUUAUGUUUCUAGUGGCCUCUAGUGGCCAUAGUAGUUAUGACAGGAGCAAAGCAGGAAGUAAGAUCUUCUGCAUGUCCGCCGGUGGGAAUCUGGCUUCUGUCCACUCAGAUGAGGAAUAUUUUUUCCUCAGAGAAUUCAUUUACAAAGUGACCGGUGCAAACAGAGAGUCCUGGAUCGGAGGCUUUGACGCAGUAAAGGAGGGCGUGUGGCAGUGGUCCGAUGGAUCUAACUUUGAUUACAAACAGUGGGCUACGGGGCAGCCUGACAACGCCGGACGAGUUGAGCACUGUCUUGAGAUGAACUAUCAGGAUAAGUUGAACGACAGGCCGUGUCAAACAGUAUAUCCUUUUGUGUGCUCCAAGAAGCUGUGAGGCCUCCCACCAUCAUGAUCUCUCUACAGCUCAUCUAUAAUCUCUUUCAUUGAUUCACUUUCAGUUUGUUGUGCAGACAGAAACAGCUCUCUGCUGACAGACUCACUUUCACUUGUUUAUUAUCUGAAGAGUUAGGAAACGGUUCACAUUUGAGAUUUAACAUU